UGAUUUCAGUCAUUGUGAAGAUACGAUUAGUUUCGAAUUUCUAUAUUCUAUUUCAACCGGAAAAAUAUCAAAACAUCAUGAGUGAGUAUAAGGAGCCAAAAGAAUCGUACAAAUUCUUCAAAUAUGCUAAUCCAGAACCAGGCGAGAAAGUUGUUAUUUCCGGAUUCGCUGGAAGAUUUCCGGAAUCCGAUAAUAUGGAGGAAUUAAAAAAUAAUAUUUUUAAUAGUGAAGAUUGUACCACCAAUGAUGAACGUCGUUGGAAACUAGGUCACCCAGAAAUUCCAGAGAGAAGCGGCAAAAUUAAUAACAUUGAGAAAUUCGAUGCAUCAUUUUUUGGGAUCAUUUUUAAGCAAGCCCAUUCGAUGGAUCCUAUGAGUAGAAUGUUGCUCGAACAUACUUACGAAGCUAUCAUAGAUGCUGGAAUUAAUCCAAAAGAUUUGCGGGGAACAAAGACAGGUGUAUUCAUAGGUUCAUGUUUCUCUGAAUCAGAGAAAACUUGGUUUUUUGAAAAACUUCAGACAAAUGGCCUAGGUAUCAAGGGCUGUAGUAGAGAUAUGAUGGCUAACAAUAUUUCGUCUUGGUUGGGUGUAACUGGACCGGCAUAUACCAUUGAUACGGCAUGCAGUUCAAGUCUUUAUGCGAUGGAACAUGCUUAUAAGGCUAUAUGUAGCGGAAAAUGCGAUUACGCGAUCGUUGGCGGAUCAAAUCUUUGUCUUCAUCCAUACGUGUCUUUGCAAUUUAGCCGUUUAGGGGUAUUGGCUCUGGAUGGUUAUUCGAGGUGUUUCGAUGAAAAUGCAGCAGGUUACACGCGUAGUGAAACCGUCGCUGUAGCAUUCUUGCAAAAAGAAAAAAGUGCUAAAAGAAUCUAUGCUACGGUUAUUUAUGCGAAAACAAAUUGCGAUGGUUAUAAAGAAGAGGGAAUAACGUUUCCUUCUAACAAAAUGCAGAGUACUCUUCUCAACAAAUUUUACAAAGAAUGUGGUGUACCAUCGAGUUGUGUUUCUUAUGUGGAAGCUCAUGGUACCGGAACGAAAGUCGGUGACCCUGUAGAAGUAAAUUCUAUAGAUUACAUUUACACUAAAGACAGAACUAAUCCUCUUAAAAUCGGUUCCAUCAAAUCAAACAUUGGUCAUACUGAACCAGCCAGUGGCGUUUGUUCUAUUGCUAAGGCGAUAAUAUCGUUGGAGUCGGGUAUAAUACCACCAAAUAUUAACUGUACUCAGCCACGCAAAUCUGUGAAAGCUUUUACAGAAGGACGAAUCAAAGUUGUUACCGAAAAGACUCCGUUAGAUGGUGAAUACAUAGCCAUUAAUUCUUUCGGUUUUGGUGGCGCUAAUGCUCAUAUUUUACUCAAAUCAAAUCCGAAAAUAAAGAUCAAUAAUGGAUUGCCAAACGAUGAUUUGCCUAGACUUGUAGCUGUUUCGGGACGUACCGAAGCAGCAGUAGAAACCAUAUUAAAUAAUAUCGACAAUCGACCGGUAGACGUUGAAUUUAUUCGUCUUCUUCAUGACGUUCAUCUUAAAGGAAUAUCAGGUCAUUUAUAUCGUGCAUACACGAUAACUGGCCUUAAAUCAUCUGACAAGAAACCAAGAAAGAUUGAAAAUGUUUCUGAUAGGAAGAAACCAAUAUGUUUCAUUUUUUCUGGAAUAAACUCGCAGUGGCCUGGAAUGGGUCAAGCUUUGAUAAGAUUACCUAUAUUUGCCAAAGCAAUAGAGAAAUGCGACGCCGUGUUAAAACCGCAUAAGCUUAAUAUUUAUGAAAUUUUAACUAAAAAAGAUAAUACAAUAUUUGAUAAUAUUUUACACACGUUUGUUGGAAUUGCUGCCAUUCAGAUCGGCUUGGUAGAUCUUCUAACUUCUGUGGGUGUAGUACCGGACUAUAUAAUCGGACAUUCUAUUGGUGAACUUGGUUGCGCAUACGCAGAUGGAUGUUUCACUGCGGAAGAAAUGAUAUUAGCAGCAUAUUCCGAAGGAUUAGCCUUGACAACAACAAAAAUACCUAUGUGUUCUGUUGCCACGGUAAGGCUUGGUUACAAAGAUAUAAAAAAUUUGUGUCCUGCUGAUAUCGAUGUCGUAUGUCACAAUGAACCUGAGAGUUCAACCAUUAGUGGACCGGCCGAAUCUAUGAAAGCAUUUGUUGAAAAACUGCAGGCAAACAAAAUUGUCAUGGAAAAAGUAUCGAAUAAUAAUAUACCUUGUCAUAGUCGUUACAUCGCAGUAGCUAAAAAGAAACUUUUGGUACAUUUAAAAGAAGUGAUACCAGUAGCGAAGCCUCGAAGUAAAAAAUGGCUUAGCACGUCGAUAGCACGCGAUGAAUGGACGACCUCAGCUGCACGACUUUCAUCGGCCGAGUAUCAUACCAAUAAUUUGUUGAAACCUGUACUUUUUGUAGAAACCUUAGCCCUUAUCCCUAACAAUGCCGUUACCAUUGAAAUUGCACCAUACGGACUACUACAAGAGAUUUUAAACAGAUCAUUACAACCAACCGUAACGAAUAUUGCAUUAACUCAGCGAGAUAAUGAUGAUAACGUGAUAGUUUUUCUACAAGGAUUAGGGACGCUCUAUAACACCGGUAUACAACUUGAUCUUGCUAAAUUAUAUCCACCCGUAGAAUAUCCUGUCAGUCGAGGUACUCCAAUGAUAUCCCCACUUAUUAGAUGGGAACAUUUGUACGAUUGGUUCGUAACAUCUUACAAAAUGCAAGAGAAAAUUAUUUCCGGUGAACGAAUGAUCGAAAUAUCGAUCAUCGAUGAAGAUUUUGAGUACGUACAGGGUCACGUGAUCGAUGGCAGAAACUUGUUUCCUGCAACAGGAUAUUUAUGUUUAGUUUGGGAGACUUUCGGUAUGAUGAUAGGACAAUUGUAUCUAGAAUUGUCCGUUGUCUUUGAAAAUGUAAAGUUCAACCGAGCUACGACCGUUCCCAAAGAAGGCAAAAUUGAAAUGACUGUCAUGAUUCAAAAAGGCAGCGGUAAAUUUGAAGUGAUCGAGAAGGGUACUGCUAUUGUUACCGGAGUAAUUCAUCUUGCAACAAACUUAUCGAAGGAAAAGAUAUCUCCUGAGAUGAUAAAAAAAAAUAUUAAUAACGAGGAAGAAGAAUUAAGUGCGGAAGAUUUCUACAAAGAGUUGAAACUACGUGGUUAUCAAUAUAGCGGCGUCUUCAAAAGCGUGCAAAGUAUGUCAAUUUCAGGAACUAAAGGAUAUAUCGAAUGGAAAAAGAAUUGGGUGGCGUUCAUGGAUAACAUAUUACAGAUGAAAAUCAUCACUUUAGAUACUAGAAGUUUAUUUGUACCGACUGGAAUUAAAAAAUUGAUAAUAGAUAUUAAACUUCAUCAAGAAUAUCUUCAAAAUUUGACGACUGAUAAACAAUAUAUACCUGUACGAUUAUUCAAAAACAUUGAUGUGAUAACAGCAGGGGGUGUGGAAAUGCAUCAUAUUAGAAGUAGUGUGAUUGCUCGAAAAUUUAUUAAUUAUCCAAUUGUCGAAGAACAUAAAUUCAUUGCAUAUCGCGAUAAAAAGGAAGUGUCAUUAGAAGAAAUAUUAACGUUAUCUAUGCACAUUAUUUUGGAGAAUCUACCAAUCAUUAAUAUAAAGAUAAUAGAACUCGUUGAGGAUAAUGACAAUAUAUCAGCAGAGAAACUUGUUUCUCCGUUACUUUUAAACAUUUUAGAAAAUGUACCUUUGAUUCAAGCAAACAUUAAUGUAUUUGCACCAGCAAACAAAUUUGACGAGAAAGAUAUUCUUAAAGAUGUCACAGUUUCUGACUUGGAUAAGAUACAAUCGAUUGAUAACGUGCCAUUAGCAAUUGGGUAUGCUUUGUUAACCAAAGAGAAGAAGGAGAACUUAAAACAACUUUUGAAAUCUAUAAAAGAUCAAGCUUUUCUUUUAUCGCGUGAAAAAAUAAAUACACCUUUGGACCUUUCGAUUUUAAAUGAGUUUCAAUUACGUAUAGUUUUAGAAAAACGUACCUCCGAAGAAUCUUGGAUAUUAUUAAGGAAGAUGAGGAAUACUCCGAAAAAUAUUUUGUUUAUUAAUGUUAAUAGUAAUGAUUAUAAUUGGUUGCAACAAGUGCAAACUGUACUUGCCAAAGAAAACGAACAUGAUAUGAGUAACACGAGAGUAAUACUUUAUGAGGAAGGAAACUUCGAAUCUGGUCUCUUAGGAUUCAUUAAUUGCUUACGUAAAGAACCUGGUGGUGAAAUUUUCCGAGUCGUUUUAAUUCAAGAUCUCAAGGCUCCGAAAUUUUCUUUUAAAUUACCCCUUUACUCCGAACAACUCGAAAUGGAUCUUAUUAUCAACGUUUUACGACCAGGAAACGUUUGGGGAUCAUAUAGACAUUAUCUACUUCCACCUUCCGAACCCAAAUCUACCCAUCAUGCCAUCAUUACUCAAUUGUCACGUGGAGAUUUAAGUUCGAUACGUUGGGUUGAGGGUCCAAUUACGAAGAACUAUAAAAAUACAAAUCUUGUUCGCAUUCAUUAUGCAUCUUUAAAUUUUAAAGAUGUGAUGUUGGCAACUGGUAAAAUAACAUCAGAACCAACAAUCAACGAUAGAAGAGAAUUAGAUCACAUAAUUGGAUUUGAAUAUAGCGGAAUCGGUAUCACUGGUCGUCGUGUUAUAGGGUUUAAUCAAAAUAGAUGUCUAUCAAAUUUUUGUCACAUGGAUGAUACUUUUUCUUGGACCGUACCUGAACAUUGGAGUUUAGAGGAAGCAGCGACAGUACCAUGUAUAUAUUGCACAUGUAUCGAUGCACUUUAUAUUAAUGGAGAAAUGAAGAAGGGUGACAAAAUACUUAUCCAUUCGGGUGCUGGUGGUAUUGGCCAAGCCGCGAUUAACUUAGCUCUUCAUGAAGGCUGUGAAAUAUUUAUUACCGUCGGUACACCAGAAAAACGUAAAUUUAUUAAAGAAACAUUCCCUAGUAUCGAUGAUAAUCAUAUUGGAAAUUCUCGAGAUACUAGUUUUGAAAAAAUGAUUUUGCAACAAACCAAUGGUGUAGGUGUAGACAUAGUUCUAAAUUCUUUAGCGGAAGAGAAACUUUUAGCAUCUCUACGUUGUUUGGCCCAUAAUGGACGAUUUUUAGAAAUUGGAAAGUUUGACCUACAAAUGAAUAAUGAAUUAAACAAAAAUAUCUUUAUCAAGAAGGGAAUCAGUUUUCAUGCCAUAAUGUUAGAUAAAAUUAUGGAAACAAUGGACGAGGUCAAAAACGAAAUUAGUUCAAUAUUAAACAAACUUAUUAAGGAGGGAGUUAUUAAACCGAUUGUUAGAAAAGUCUUCGGCAAAGACAAAGUAGAGGAAGCACUUAGAUUCAUGGCAGCUGGAAAACAUAUUGGAAAAGUACUCAUAAAGAUUUACGAAGAGAAUCAACCAUUGGAUUCACCCAUAUUGGCUGAAUCUUUUUAUAGAUGUCUUCCGAACAAAAGUUAUAUAAUUCUUGGUGGCUUGGGAGGUUUUGGUAUAGAAUUAAUCGAUUGGUUGAUCCUCCGAAAUGCUAAAAAUAUUAUAAUUACCUCGCGAAAUGGUAUAAAAAAUGGUUAUCAACGCAUGAGAAUUAAAAUAUGGGAAUCAUACGGCGUGAAUAUUAAGAUUCUCGUCGGUCUCGAUUCGGCUAAACAGAAAGAUUGCGAGCUUAUCGUGAGAACAGCGAUAGAUAAAGGUCCCGUUGAUGGUGUGUUCAAUCUUCUGGUUUCUUUGAAAGACGGUAUUUGUAGAAAUCAAACGCCGGAAACUUUUGAAGAAUCUUUCAAAGGAAAGGUUUGGACCACGAAACACUUGGACCAAAUAACUAGGAAAUUAUGUCCGGAUCUUCGACAUUUCGUGGUCUUCUCUUCUGUCUCGUCCGGAAGAGGAAAUGCCGGCCAAACAAAUUAUAGUAUGGCUAAUUCCAUCAUGGAAAGAAUAUGUGAAAAAAGAGUAGAAGAAGGUUUACCUGGAUUAGCUAUUCAAUGGGGAGCGAUCGGAGAUGUCGGUAUUCUUGCAGAUAUGCAGAACAAUGAUAAGGAAUUUAUUAUCUGUGGUACCAAACAACAAAGAAUAAUGUCAUGUUUACAAGAACUCAAUAGAUUCUUGACACAAAAUAAACCUAUAGUUUCUAGUAUGGUAAUUGCUGAAAAACGAACAGAUAGUAAUGCGAAUAAUGUUAUAGAUUCUGUCUUAAACAUUAUGGGUAUUAAAGACUUAAAGACUAUCAGUCAACAGAUUUCCUUGGCUGAACUUGGAAUGGAUUCUAUGAUGGCUGUAGAAAUAAAACAGACAUUAGAACGUGAACAUGAAAUAUAUCUCACAGCAGCAGAUAUUCGAAACUUAAAUUUGGCCAAACUUAUGGUAAUAAAUAACAAUCAGGCAGAUAAUAGCAAUCGUAAUGUAAGUACUACAGAAGAAAUAAUAGGUGAUAGAAUGAUGUUGAUGCAAUUGUUCGGCGAAAUACUUUCCGCCGAAAUAACUGUUCCGCUCAAAACUAAAUCAGAGAAAGGUCGGAAGGAGAUUUUCUUCAUUCCAGGAAUUGAAGGUUAUGGCAAAGUUUUCCAAACAUUAGAAUCAAAAAUUAAAUCACCUGCGACUUGUUUCCAACUGGCUGCAAAUUAUGAAUUAAAGACUGUAGAAGAGAUGGCUAAUUCACUUCUACCGUAUAUAUUAGAAAAACUUAAGGAUCAAAGAGAUUUCAUAUUAGUCGGAUAUUCCUUUGGAUCGCUUAUUACUAUUGAACUUACACGAAAGAUAGAAGCCAAAGGAUUUAAUGGUCGACUAAUUUUGAUAGAUGGUGCUCCUUUGCAAUUAAAAACACUUAUAAAGCAACGCUUAAAUACAUCACUGGAGGAAGAAUUAGAAAGCAAAGUUCUGCUUAACAUCAUGAAUACAUUCACACCUGUUAACAGUAAACAAUUGGCACUAGAAUUAGAAAAAUGCAAAACGUGGAAUGAAAAAGUAAAUACAUUCUUUAAUGUUUUAUAUCCUGAGCAUAAGCAAUUAGAUUUGGAACAAAAUCAAAAAAAUGCCAUUCUCUCAUAUUAUGUGAGAUUGCAAGCAACUAUAAAAUAUAAUCCGAAACCAAUGCCAUAUAUAAAAUCACCAAUAACAUUAUGUAAGCCAUUGGUAUCAUCUGUACAACAUAUUCCAUAUGAUUAUGAAUUGCAGAAAAUAACUGAAGGUAAAGUAGAAGUACACAUUGUUAAUGGCGAUCAUAUCACGAUGUUAGAAGAUAUGAAAAUUGCAAUGGCAAUUAAUGAUGAACCGUUUGAAGAUGCUAAAGAAAAUCUAAUGAAAGAAAAUUAAUAAAAAUAAUAUUAAUAAAA